AUGGCAGAACUGCGGCGCGUUACCACGGCCCCUGUGGAUUGGGGUUCGUUCAGCGGUGGCAACAUUCUCGCCGUUGCAACGGGUAAGAGCCGUCGCUGUAGCGUCCGUGAGUGCAGUGUGCUUCUACUAUCUGCCAGUGGUACGGUGCUGGCCGAUGCAAAACUCGGCGGAGAGUUGGGCGACGUGAUGGACACCGCCGCUAACACCGCUGGUGUGGUGGUCUGCUGCGUGAGCCGUGGGUCUGGGCGAAGCCGGAAAACGGCGCUGGCAUUUGUCUCUGGUCCACAGUUGCUGAAACUGCAGGAGUUGCCAUACACCAGUGGCGUUGAAGAGACGCGGUGGUACAGUGUGGUCUGUCUCCGCAUUGGAUGCUGCGACGUGGCGGUCUACGGCCUCGGCACGAGUCAGCUGUUUAGCUGUACUCGCAACGGCAACGACUGCAGAUCUCGGGUGCUGUGGGACUUUGGUGACGCUUGCGUGCGACGCGUGGUGUCCGGGCGUCACGCAAACGAGGUGCUCGUGCUGCUUGACGAUGGUAGCGUGGCCGUCGUNGCGUUGCCUGAGACAGUCGACGGCAGCGGGGAUUGCCUCCUCAUGCACCACGUAAAGGUGUCGUCGACGGGUGUGCCGACUCACGCCGUAUUUGCGGGCGGUGCUGUGCUGUGGGUUCUGUGCGACGACAACGUUCUGUGCGGCUACUGGUUCCCGCCGCCGCCGGUCGACGGUGUAGAGGAGCCGCCGGUGCGGCUACACAGCGAGCAGCUUGCCCUACCGAACGGCGCAGACAACACAUCGUCUGUGUUCAUGGUGGGUGAGGGUCGUCUUGGUGGCCUUCACAUCGCUAUUCAAGAACCCACCGCAGUGCAUCUGAACGCCCUUGCGGUGCGAAGCCUUGACGGGCCGUACCAGCUACCAACGGUGACGGGCUGGUCGCGUAGUGUCUUUGUGUGGAGUGGCCACAUCCACAGCUUUGUGUUUAAACAGUGUGCCUACGAGCUACUUGUGCAGAGUGAGCUGGGGGCAUCACCGUUGAGUGUGGUGUUACUGCGACAGAAUUCUGGUGUGCUUGUCUUUGAGGAUUUACCGAAGCGUCUACUAAGUCACCAAGUUAUCUGUGCUGCACCCGAUAAACUUGAAGGGCUGCGCGAUNAGUGUGAGUCGGCGGUGCAGGCAUUGGAGGCUACUGCUGCAAAGGUGUUCGACCUACACACUACAGAGAAGGCAUUGACGCAGCUGCUGAACCUGCAGCACUGCCUGGUGGCGACGCUGCACCGUGAACGUGAGCUCAAUGCUGAGGUGCAGCCGUACCAGAGCAUCUCCAUGCACCUGAUCAAGCGGCUUCACACAGUGUACGUCCGAUUGUCUGUAUACCGUCUGCUGUACAGUUCGCAUGCCGACGAGAGGCUUGAUGUCCCACUUUACGAGACACUGGGCCUGGAGGAGGCAAUACAUACCAACAUGGCGUGCCAGGCGGAACUACGCGGGCAAUUCGAGCGGGAGUUUGGUUUGACGCCGGCCUCGGCAAUGGAAGCACUGAGUCUGUGGGGCUCUCAGGAUACCGCACCCGUCAUGUGUAUCGACGCGAUUCUCUCACACAUGGGGUGCUCACAUCAGGUCACACUGCGAGGCGUCAUUCAACAGAUCACCACAAUGCAGCCGAUAACGGCUCUCUUCGUGCUAUACUGCACCUUUAGUGCUACGCAGGGCUAUGUGCCUGCGCAGCUCGACUCCAUACGUGGAGAGUUCCUCGAUAACUUCUGCCUCCCAGCGUCGGUGAACUUGUGGGCGUACUUGUCAUUUGCUGCAGAUCAUCACGUGAGUCUUACAUCACUCAGCACGGCACACGGAUUGGGAUGGCCGCCCUUGCUGGAUCUCGUGCCUGGGAUCAUCAACGGCCUCACGUACAGCGGGGAGUACGAGCUGGUAUUCCAGCUCACCGGCUGCGUGCUCGCAGUUUCCACUGCACACGAAAUGGACGCGUCGGUGGCUGUGAAGCUGCUGUUUCUGGCGUAUAAGCGUGGGAGCGCGGCGAUGGUGGAGGCACUGUACCGUAAAGCCCGCGGCACCGUCUGGGGCAGUGUCGCUACGCACGCCCUCGCCCGGGCGGCAUUGCAGACAGAAAACAUCCAGCUGCUCAGCGGCCUUGUCACACCGCAGUCGCGCGAGGAGGACAUUGUGGAAUCCGUGCUGCGCGGAUCCCCCGACGCCCACACGUCAGACGUGGUGCUCAUGGACUUCUACAUUCUCAUGCAGCGCUACGCGGAGGCGUUACGGAUGUGCGAGCAAAUUGCCUCUCGCGGCUCUGCGGAGGCGCAGCAGGUGCAGAUCAUCGCCUCGCACCUGCGCAGUCUCAUGCCGAACGGGAACGAGUCGUACCGCCUCCGCUGCAGCGCGGCCGAGAAGGAACCUGCGCAGGCGCCGCGCAACGGCCCGUGCCGGCUGCUGCCGCUCCAGCAGCAGCAGCAGCAGCAGCUCACGACACCCAGCUGCCCCCUGCAGAACGAGGAGGAAGAGUUGGAGGAGGCAGUCGCACGGACCACCGCCCGCAUCUGUGCGCGUCGCCACGACGAGCGGCCGCAUGACGCGAUGUCUGGCAGCCACCCGCGCGAGGUGAGUGUGCUCCCAUACACCCCAACUCCCGCAGCGUCGCUGGGAAUCACGCGCGACAAAACACGCGGCACCUCGGGACGCGAUGGUAGCACCGCUGCUACACAACCAUCACUACAACACCAAAAGCAACAACAACCGGAGCUGUCGCCGUCAGUUCGACGUGGCGAGGAGAGUGUUGGAACGUUGGAUGCGUCACUGCAGACUGGGCCGCUCCGCAGCGUUGCAUUGACGGUCGCGGCCGCCUCGGUGGAGCGUGAGCCGCUCUACUGCGAGGCAAUUCUUAAGCGCAGCAAGAAACAAUGUGGGCGGAAACGUCCCUGUGAGUAUCACGACAGAGCAAGAAAGUGA